AUGGACUUAGGUAAAUGUUGCGCUGUCGUAGCAUUUCUUGCCGCGCUUUAUUUCCCUUCAAUUACUCAACAAAAACCGGCUCGAAUCCUCAUCAAAUACGACAAAACAGAAGAUAUAUUCGAGUUGAACAAAGCUGUUCUGGAAGACCUGUGGCAGUUGCAACGACCGAUUCGCGUCAUAGCUGUUGUGGGAGAUGCUAGAAUUGGAAAAUCUACCACUCUCAACGUAAUAAGUCACAUAUGGUCCGAAGUCAAUCACAGCCAUGUCGCAGAAAUCUUCAAAACAGGCGAUACACUGAAAGCUGUCACGCGUGACGUGUGGUGCAACAUCAUCCAUCCACAAGACAAGAAAGGAGGAAGCGUUGUGCUACUUGACGUUGAAGGCACAAAUUUGGGCGAUGACGCCGUUACAACUCAUUUGAGCAUGUUUACAGCCAUGGUUUCCUCUGGCCUGAACGUUUUUGUCCGCGAGGUGUUUCAAAACAACAAUCUACACUUUUUGUUCCACAUGUCACGCUUAAGUGAUCAGAUUUUUCCUAACAUUACUAUCGAAAACUUUCCCAAACUUCAGGUGGUUAUUAGAGGUGCACUGGGUGAUCCUGACGGGGGCAAAACGAUCGAAGAUUACACAAAGGAUUGCAUCGUGGAACCUUCCUUCCAGGAGAGCAUGAAAGAAGAGAGAAAAGCCAUCGCAAAGCACUUCCCGAGGAACCAAAUUACAGUAAGUCAGAUUCCGCAAGUGGAACGUGAUCUUUUCAAAGAUUUCAAUAAAUUACGGAAGAGUGACUACUGGCAAGAAAUGAAGCGACUGGUUGAAAAACUCAAAACGUUUCCCAUAAAAAAGACCUUAGGCGGACGUCCUAUGGACGGACAAGGAUUAGUAGAAUUGGCCUGGCAUCUUAAAGAAACGAUGAAUGGGGACUCGUGGCUGGACUUUGCAAAUGCUUACGUUGUGCUGGAGAAAAAUAUUUGUAAGAGGAGCCGCGAGAAACUUAUUAAGCCGCUAUUUGCCUUGCCAACAGCAGACGAAAUAGAAGCAAGAAUAGAAGACGCUUUAAGGAACUUUGCAAUGGAGUGUGAGUUGGAAACCGAAAUUUCCGCUGUGCAGAAAAAUCUACAGUACUUUGCUGGUGAGAAGAGAAAAGCCGAGGAACUGGAAUUGAAAGCGAAAGAGGCGGAGAACCAAAGGAUAGCUGUUGAAAAAAACAACGAAGAGCUAAAACAAAAGUUUCAAGAUCAGAUGUCAGAGAAAAAUAUCGAAAUCGAGAGGGUAAAGAGAGAAAAGGAAGAAGCUGAGCGCAACGAAAAGAUUUUAAAACAACAACACCAGGAACAAAUAGAGACCAUCGCUUCACUCCGGGAAGAACUAAGCAAAAAAAGUAGUGGCUUUUUUGAUUUGAUAGGUUUUAUAAUUGAUCGCGUGUUUAAACUAGUGGUCGCCAAAUGA